AACAGAGAGCAUCAUCGUCGCAGUCUCAGUCUCAGUCUCGAAGCCCCACGCUCCCACGCUCCCGCUCAGAGGACGAGCACACGAGUAGCGCAGAGACAAAAUCCGUGGGCCGCCAACGACGACAACGCCGACAACGCCGACAACGCCGACAACGAUCCUUUCGUUCCAUUCUCGAUGUGUCCGGAACGGCGCGACGGCCCGCACUUCACACCGCAUCAGGCUCAAGGAUCCGACGUCCGUCGGCGACGUCGCCAGCACGCGUAAAAAAACUUUCGCGAAGUGCGCGGCGAAACCUGUACGGGUUGUUCGUGUGUACGAAACGCAUCGAGUGCAGUGCCCGAUUAACCGACCCUGUGAAGUUUUAAAAGUUUAAUAAUAUGUUGUUUUUGGGUGAUGCUCCACGCGGCAUUACUCGCACUUGAUCUACUGGAUGCACCCUUAUGUAACUAGAAACACGUGUAAACUCUCUAUACGGAAAUCCCAACUUAUUACAACUGUAUUGAUAACCAUAUUGAUUAUGUUUCAGACCUGUUACGCGAUUAGUAGCAACAACAUCUGUUCUGUAAAUGCAGUGAAACCGGCAAAACUGUUCUUACAGGACGCAGGCAAAUAUUUAUAUACCAACCACACCAGAGUAUCGAUUAGCGAUGACAUUACAGACAUCGAACGGUUUAAUUUAUGGAUGGUACCGAUUGGUUCCAAAAUUGCUCUUUACGAUCCACACACGAAGAUGUUCAUAUGUCUUCAAAAGAGAAGACCACCAAAUAACACAAGGAGAACACCCCCAUACAACAACGUCGCAAAGAAGUCACCGUCAAACAACAACAAGAAACCAGUAGCGUUACAAAUAAAGAAAUUUAUAAACCAUGCGGACCUGUGCGCCUUCGAUGAGAAGCCGUUUGGUGGUUCGUUAACAUAUUUCCACAAUUCGAAAUUGAACAGGAACCUUGAGGUAGUAACGAAUAGACAUUGUGACGGCAAGAAGAAACAUCGACACUGCAAACCACAUAUACAUUUCCUGGUGAAAAGGAACGACGAAUAUUGCGAUAAAGUCACUCGUGAAUUUUGCGAUGAACUUGAGAAAAUGGGAAAGAAGGAACGGUUUUGUAGAAAAGUGUAUAAAAAGAAAACUUGUGUGUGUUGAAAGCAAUGUCAGUAUUUUGUUAGUUUAAGUGUAAGUAUUGUAUAAAUUAGUUUAUGCAUUAAUCUUUCGAUUUUAGAAAGAUUGUAUAUUGUUAUUUAUUAUUAAUAUUUAUUAGAAUUUAUUUAUAAAUGCAAUGCAUGAAAAUUAACCCCCAUGGGGUUUCUAAAUUUUAUAAUUUAACUUUUCUAUUUUUUUAUAUCAUUGUAUUAUUAUACCUCAAAAAUAUAUGUUAUCGAUUCUUAGAUAGUGCCAUAACUGCCUAUGUAAUACCAAAUAUUUGAGGACACGUAAAUUUUUUUAUGGCCUUUAACUAAUUGUACCUACUUCUAUAAAAUAUUAGGAAUGAAUCGUUUGUUUGACUUGAUUGUACAAAAUAUUGUAAAAGCCACAUACAAAAAAAACUCAUUCUUCAAGAUCUGUGCCAUACGGCAACCUGGUUUACACAUUCCAAUCUAAUAAAAA